AUGAACACAUUAUCUACAACUACUUUAGGUUCUAAUAACAUCAACAACAACAGUAAAUAUUAUGAUGUCAUAUCAGAGUUUAUAGAGGUUGCAUGUCAUUGUAUAUUAUAUGUUAGAGGUGUAUAUGAUUCAUGUCUAUUUCAAAGAUCAUUAAAGUAUGGAAUUGCUGUUCCAAUGAGCAGAAGUAUACAACUUCAAAACUAUAUUGCUGCAACUAUAGAUAGUCUAAAGAUUCACCUGUUCAAUGGAUCUAUUGAUAAGAUUUCUAUAGCAAUACUUGAUAGUUUUGGUGCUCCCAUAGAAAGAUUCAUGUUUGAUUUUGAUCAACAACAACAACAACAUACCAACAACAACAAUAAUAACAAACAAAACACAAAGAAUGAUAACUUGAUAUCUAAAAUCAAGGAUGGAGGUAUUAUUAUACUUGAUGAUAGUCAAUCUCAACAACAACAAUUACAAAAGGAUAAAGAUAAAGAAUUUAAUAACUAUCUAAAUAUCUUUAAAGAAUCAAAUAUUAAUUUAAAGAACCAACAAACAACUAAUAAUCAAAAUAAUCAAAAUAAUCAAAAUAAUAAUAACCAAGUAGUUGAUUAUGAAUUAUUAGAGAGAUCAUUUCAAUCCUAUUUAUUAAAAUUAUUGUCAUCAGAAUCAUACCUACCAUUCAAUAGAAAAGAUAGAAUGGAUUGUACAUUUACAGUUUAUGCAUUCACCAAGAAAAGAAUUAAUAGUAUAAACAAUAAUAAUAAUAAUUCACUUCAAAUAGACCCUUUGAAUGCUCCUGGUGGUGGAGAAGCUGGUGAUUUAAAUACAAAUAACAAGAAAACUACAACCAAUAAUAAUAGGCCAAUGACAUGGGUAGGUGUCAAUGAUGAAGAAUAUCAAUUUCAACAACAACAACAACAACAACCAAAAGGCAAAGUGUCUGCAAUACCAUUAAAGUCGAUAUUUAGUGGCAUAUCUUCCAAUCAACCAAGAUAUACUUUAUCGACAUCGAUAGAAUAUAUAGAAUCACAAGGCGAGAUGAUGGACAACAACAACAACAAUAAGGAAAAUGUAAAGGAUGGUUUACAAUUUGAUCAUGAUGACAAUAAUAAUAAUAAUUUGAUAGAUGUGCCAAUGGUUGAGCAUUAUUCAUCAGAGGAAGAAUAA